AUGGUGGUUACAAGACUGUCGGCCGAGACCACCCAGAUGGACAUCCGAUCGUUGAUUCCUCUGGGCAACUUGAGGAGUGGAAUCGACACGGCUUUCGUUGUCGGCAAUUCCGUCAAUCCUGGCGUCUGGAUCAAGGCGGCUCGACUGAACAACUCUUGCGCGGGAAACUGCCAUCGCUCGUUCAUCGGCGACAUGCUCAUCCUGCGCGUCAGCAAGGACUUGAAUCCCGGUACAGAGUUUCUCUUCCCCUACUGCCAGACGCGGGAGCUGCACUCGCACGAGUACGUCCAGCGCGACUUCAACUCCUGGGGCUUCACAUGCGACUGCACACUCUGCGCACAGCGACGCGUCACGUCCGACAGACAGAUGAAAGAGCGAUAG